UGAAGAUGGUAAUGUAACAAACACAACCAAAAAUUGUGCGUCGAACAUCAUUUGGAUCCCUCUCUCUCUGUCGCUCCGAUCCCCAACACUCCGCUUUGUAUUUUCACGCACAACACACACUCGCCGAUACAUAGUACAUACAACCACUCCCCUCCCGGCCCCGUUUCUAUCAUAUAUAUAUAUAUAUCAGUAUAUAUACGUAUGGCGGAGGAGAAGGUGUCGGCGGUGGUGAAGGAGGCUGAGGAGGUGGAGGAAGAAAUGGAGGAGGAGCAGUUGGGAUCGAGCCAGACACUUGAACGAGUGGCUGCUGCCAAGAAUUUCAUCGAGAACCAUUACAAAAGCCACAUGAAAGACAUGCAGCAACGCAGAGAAAGGCGUGAAGUGCUUGAAAAGGCAUUAGCAAACUCAGGUGUGUCAGAGGAAGAACAGAUGAAUAUUCUGAAGGAAUUGGAGCGGAAGGAGACAGAGUAUAUGCGGCUUAAGAGGCACAAAAUUUCUGUUGAUGAUUUUGAGCUCCUAGCCAUAAUAGGAAGAGGAGCCUUUGGAGAGGUUAGAUUAUGCCGGGAGAAAAAAACUGGGGAUAUAUAUGCAAUGAAGAAGUUGAAAAAGUCAGAAAUGCUUAGCAGAGGACAGGUUGAACAUGUGAAAGCCGAAAGGAAUUUGCUUGCUGAAGUUGCCAGCCGCUAUAUCGUCAAGCUUCAUUGUUCAUUUCAAGAUGCAGAAUACUUGUAUCUAGUAAUGGAGUACCUACCUGGUGGCGACGUGAUGACUUUGCUGAUGAGAGAGGACACCCUAACUGAAACGGUUGCUAGAUUUUAUAUUGCACAAAGUGUUCUGGCAAUAGAAUCCAUCCACAAGCAUAACUACAUCCACAGGGAUAUUAAACCUGACAACCUUCUGUUGGAUAGAUAUGGUCACAUGAGGCUCUCUGAUUUUGGCCUCUGUAAGCCUCUUGACUGCUCAAAUUUAUCCCCCCUAAAUGGGAAGGAGCCAAUGACAGAGGACAACUUAAGGAGAUCGGUUGAUGCCAAUGGCUGCGUCCCUGAUAAGGGAGAUGGAAGCAAUUGGAAGAGUCCUCUUGAACAACUGCAGCAUUGGCAAAUUAACAGAAGGACACAGGCAUUUUCAACUGUUGGCACGCCUGAUUACAUUGCUCCAGAAGUACUACUGAAGAAAGGCUAUGGAAUUGAGUGUGAUUGGUGGUCGCUAGGCGCCAUUAUGUAUGAGAUGCUUGUUGGUUAUCCCCCGUUCUACUCUGAUGAUCCAAUAACAACAUGCAAGAAGAUUGUGCACUGGAGAAAUCACCUACGGUUUCCAGCUGAGGCAAGGCUAACUCCUGAAGCGAAGGACCUGAUACGUAGUUUGCUCCGUGAUGCUGACAAUAGGCUGGGUUCUCGUGGGGCAGACGAAAUAAAGGCUCAUCCCUGGUUCAAAGAUGUUAACUGGGACAUGCUUUAUGAGAUGGAAGCAGCAUACAAACCGGAGGUGAAUGGGGAGCUUGAUACUCAAAAUUUCAUGAAAUAUGAUGAGGUAGAUCCACCUCCUGCAAAAUCUAGUUUUGGAGUCUGGAGAAAGUUGCGCAAUCCAAAAGAUUUGAGUUUUGUUGGUUAUACAUACAGAAACUUUGAGGGCGUGAAGGGGCUAAAUAAAAAGGGCAUAUCACCCGAGCGCUUAUCAACUGAUUCUACUCGGAGUGAUUCUGGAGUAGAUUAUUCGUUAAAAUACAACUCCGAUCAAGAGGAAGAUCUUAAACGUACAUCAUCCACAGGCACUCUACCUCAAAAACCCUAAAUUUCUUUGCACAAGCAAUCUGUUGUAACAACUGAAUCCUCUCUAUGAGGACAAGUUUCAGUUGACUUUAUAGUCCAUUUAUGUAUCCCUUAUGAAAUUAGGAACAAAACAUCUUGGGAACCCUCCUUUUUUGUAUUGUACUAUAUAGGAACUUUCGAGACUCUGUCUCGAUGUUCAAUUAGAUGAAUUAGGCAUUGUCAAUUUCCUAUGUAGCCAUGCAAUUAAGAGAUUCAUUAGACCCUUUA